UUUAACUUUUUUACUAUUUUGUUUUUCCAGUUCAACAUGAAAUGGAACUGCAAGAAGCAAGCACUCCAAUCUUUAAUCUCUAUAAAUAAUAUGCCGAUGACGCAUUUCGAAGUAAUAAUCAAUUCACAAAAAAUAGAUAAAAAAUAUGUAAAAAAGGGAAAGACAUGUAGAUUCUAUCUUUCUUAUUUCUAUCGAACUCAUUUCUACAUCUCAGAUUUAUCUCGAUUUUUAACGGGAGAGAUGAAGGAGCGGCGUGCGAGCAUACGACCCUGAAGAAAACAGCGAUGUUUCGCAAAGCGUUAUCGGCCGUGGAAGCAGCGGCGGUAGCGACGGCAGUAGCAGCAACACGAGUCGUUGCUCGACGAUCGGAGUGAAGAGUCGCUCUGGUGAGCGUGCCGCGUGACAGCCGCGUUCGAGAGUUGCGCCGAAGUUGCAAAGUGCCGACGACGACGACGACGUCGACAACAGCGACGAUGACGAUAGUGCGCAGUUUGGCAUUGUACAUGCGGGACGAAAUCUGUUGACGCGCGGCUGCCGGUGAUAUCCUUCGUGAACUAAACGGUGAAAUUGUCUCGCGGUGUCGGUCUCGCGGUUCCUCGCCGUGCUCUUCGCAGAGCGAUAGGCCGGGCCUGUCGGUAGGAAAAUGGCGGCGCGCCUUCCGCGGCGAAGACGUCGCGCGACGGCGACGAGGUGCAUCUGAGGAAUCGCCACCCCGCGUCUCUCCGGAACCCUUCCACCCUUCCACCCUUCGCGACCCUUGGCGGGCGAUAACCCUCCGGCGACGGUUGUUCGAUCGGUCGGGGGGCCGCGAGAGCGAGGCGGCGUGCUCACCUCGGAGCGACGUUCGCUCCAAGCGACGGCGUGCACGGCCGUGAAACAACGCUCGCGGGGAACGGCGGGCGUCGGGCGUGCGGUGUGGCGCGGUGCGGUGCGGCGCGGCGGGCACCGCGCUCGCUCUCGGAAGUGACGAGUGCUCUCGCGCUCCUCUUAUGCGAGUGAGAGCCGCGCGUCCGCGGCAUCGGCAACGGCAGCACGAACAGCGCCGACAAUCGCGGUGACAAGUGUUCCGUCACGGCGGGGCGACCCCUCGCCUCACCCUCGCGCCCACCGGAGGAUGAUACCGCGAUCGGCAGCAACGGUCGUCGCCGCCCGCGAGUCUCGCGUGCGACUCCGCCGCGAUCGGCAUUGAGUCGCGCGGCGCCGUGCCAAGGCCAACGGCGUUCCUCGGCGGAGUGCCGCGACGACGAUAAUACCACGACCGGAUCCGCGACAGCGGACGGCGCGAUCGCCACGGCGGACCACCGGCUGCUCCCGCGGAAGCUCAGCGAGGAUGAGAGACGUCCGCGACGCCGGCAUGGCGAGCUUCCUCGCCCUGGCGCUCCUCUGUUUGCUGCACGCGUCGUGCCCCGUGGAUGGAGUGCUGAAGUGCCAUUGCGACAUUUGUCCGGACACCAAUCACACAUGCGAAACCGAUGGCUACUGUUUCGCUAGUACGAGUCUGGAAAAUGACGUCAUCACGUAUGCUCGGAGGUGUUACAAUAAGGAGCAGUUCUUCCCGGACACCGAGUAUUCUGUCUGGUGCACUACAAACAGUACGCUACGCAGUCCAGAUGGCAUCAAAUUCGUGGUCGCCUGUUGCGAUCAUUCCGACUACUGCAAUCGCGAUCUAAGGCCCUCCUUUCCCACUCACGAGUCCAGAGGUUGGCCGUAUUCUCGCUUUACGAACCACCUCGGAAGAGUGUCGUCGGGCGGUGACGACGAGACGUGGGUCACCUGGAAAAUGGCCUUGACGAUAGCACUGCCAGUAUGCGUGAUCAGCGUGAUCGUUAUGGUCAUCUAUCACAUACACAUGACCAAAAAGAGGCCCAGACACUUUCCGGACGAUUCGAUGGAGGCUCCGGACCGGCCGAUUUUGGGCGGCGUCACUAUUAAGGAUAUGUUGGAGAUGACUACGAGUGGCAGCGGUUCGGUAGGCCUGCCGCUUCUGGUACAACGGAGCAUAGCGCGCCAGAUUCAGCUCGUGGAGACGAUCGGAAAAGGUCGCUUCGGCGAGGUUUGGCGCGGUCGUUGGCGCGGCGAGAACGUCGCCGUGAAGAUCUUUAGCUCGCGAGAGGAGAGAUCCUGGUUCCGGGAAGCCGAGAUCUACCAAACGGUGAUGCUGAGGCACGACAACAUCCUAGGUUUUAUCGCUGCCGAUAACAAAGAUAACGGCACGUGGACACAGCUGUGGCUGAUAACGGAUUAUCACGAAAAGGGCUCGCUCUUCGAUUAUCUCAACAGAUCGAGCGUCGAUACGAAUGGUAUGAUAAGGAUGGCCUUGUCGAUCGCCACCGGUUUGGCGCAUCUUCACAUGGAAAUAGUCGGCACGCAAGGCAAGCCGGCCAUUGCUCACAGGGACCUGAAGUCAAAAAAUAUCCUCGUGAAGACUAAUGGUACCUGCGCCAUAGGCGACCUCGGAUUGGCCGUCAGGCACGACGUAAUCACGGAUACCGUCGACAUUCAGCUUAACAACAGAGUCGGCACGAAGCGAUACAUGGCGCCUGAGGUUCUUGAAGAGAUGAUAAACAUGAAUCACUUCGACUCGUUCAAGAGGGCCGAUGUGUACGCGCUCGGCCUGAUCCUCUGGGAGAUCGCCAGGCGUUGCAAUGUCGGCGGAAUUCACGAGGAGUAUCAGCUGCCCUUUUACGAUUUGGUGCCUUCCGAUCCAACUAUCGAGGAAAUGCGAAAAGUCGUGUGCACCGACCGACAGCGGCCGUCGAUACCGAAUCGAUGGCAAUCGAUCGAAGCCCUACAAGUAAUGUCGAAGGUGAUGAAGGAAUGUUGGUACCAUAACGCCGCCGCCAGGCUGACCGCACUCAGGAUCAAGAAAUCGCUCGCUAAUUAUGGCGCUAUGGAGGACCUGAAGUAGAUUAAGCUUUCGCCGGGCUCCUCGACGGAAGAGGAGCGACGAGAACGAUUAGAACGUACAUGCGCGGACGUCGCUACCGAGAAAUCUGGCGUGAUGGAACUUCCGAUGGAAGCGUGAAGGUACUCUUCCACGAGAGGUUUUUCCUGGACGAGUCGCGAGCAAUCUGAGAAAGACCGGUCGGAAUUAUGGGGUUCCCUUGCACGCGAGACUGGCUCCGACUUUCGAGUAGCUGAGCAUUGUCCAAGUACGGCCGGUGUCGCUUUGCGGCAAGUCGCGAGUGGAGAAGCAGAACUGUUCUUUAAGCGCGGCCGAUUUGGAUGACCGAUAGCGCGUGGACGGCAGGAAGAAACGCGUCUACUUCGGUCCUGAUGCGACUUGACGAUCGGUCACUCGAGCGAGCGAGCGAGUCGACGGGAAAUCGCGCGAUAUACGCGUUCGGUUAAUCGAACGAUCGCUCGGUUAUGCGUCACAUGUAUACACGUACACACACACAUACAUUACACGCGCGGACAAGUACACACUGCUGUAUAUUUAUUACGCGAUACUGCUAAGGUAAUGAAGUAUACAAAUUUAUUACGUAGGUAACGUUUAUUGAAUGAUACUAAUGAGUAACGGUACAAUUUGUAUAUUAAUAUAUAUACAUAUAUAUAUACACACGCGUAUAAUUAUAUAUAUAUUAUAUAUAUAUAUCCGUUAUUGGACCAAUCGAUUCGAUUGACCGAACCGUUCGUCGUUCGCUGAACGAUCUCGCGAACUAUGUUACCGCGAUGGGACGAUUGACGCAUUCGUACGUGUACGUCGAGAUUGAUCGGAAAUAAUAAUCGGGACGUCGGGCGAAACGUAUCAGCUCAGUUUCGAUUAUUCAUACGCAGGAAAAGGCCUCGAGAACACACGGGGAUAAUACUUUUCUAUCUCAGUUCCGAAGAUUCGCUCUGUAUAGGAAUACACUAUUUUACCGGUGCAUGUAGAGACUGGAGAACCAUACGAGAACCAUAUUGGGAGCAUAUACCAUACACCAUGUUACAAGAGGAAUGCAUAUCUUUUGGUUUCCCUUCCUCUCGAAAAGAGUACCGAAGUCAUCGGUUAACGCGAUGAUUAUACAGGGUAGAUAGAAAAACCGGACAACCAGCUGAUCGAGAUAAGCGACCAAUAGAUUCGGACAAUUCAGACGAGACGGCAGCAUUCUUCUCGUUAAGAACGAGAUAGAUUCCUUGAACGUGAUCAUCGACGACAUUUGGCCUUGGACGUUAUCGUUAUGGGAAUGUCUCAUCCCUUGCGUGUGAGACGUCGCGGAACGGAACUAUGACGCACCGUCCGGUUUUCUUUGUCGACCCUAUAUGUAUACUUUUAGUAUAGUAGACACAUUCGAAUGUUUUGCUCAAGGCGAAUAUUUUUGCGUAAUGAUACGGAAGAUGAGCGCGACGCGCAUACGGCGAGACUUUCGAAGCGUGUUUCCUUCGUGACGCAGGAAGGCUGAAAUUGAGGGAUGUUAAGAGCUCAAGAAUGUAUCGUAGCGUGAAAGGAGCAACUGAGCGUUUGGGAAACGUGCGAGAAUGUCGUGAGAGUUGGGCUAGGACUGAUAUAAAAAAGCGAGAGGACAAAUUUGAUAAAAAGAAAAUCAUUGGAGAAUCUAUAUAUUUUCGGGAAUUCUUUUGCGUGUGUAGGAAAGAGAGCUAUGAAGUACAGCGGAGAUGAAAUUGAACAAAUAUGUUAAACGAGCAGACACAGUUAUGCAAGAAAGACUGCGUCAACUAGUACUACAAAUGUAAUCGUCUACGUUCCGAUUUUUUGAACGUUGUUUUCUUUUAAAAAUUUAUUUUUAUUUUGCACGAGCAAUGGAAAUCGUAUAGACUUUUAAAGCAACAUGUUAUCGAGAUAUGUUCUUUAGUGAGAAUAGAGUGUUCUUUGAAGUUAAUUUUUUCUCGCAUAACUAUGUUCAAAUGUUUUUUAAAUUAUUUCAAUUGAAUUGCUCUAGUACGCUCGUUACCACCAUUGAGAAGAAACUCAUCAAUUAUUCGCUGAGUGCUAUUUUAUACAUAUUCUUAUUAAAUUAUUUCUACUAUAAAUAUAUAUUUUGUAUAUUCGAUUAUAUAAAUUAUUAAAAAAGAAAUAGAUGAGUUUCGUACGUACAUCUGCACGCUGUAUUUCAGUGAGUUGGAAAGCAAUCGUAAUGCUCGAGAUAAGUAUAUAAGUUCGGUAUACCGCGAGAGACUGAGAAUGUGCGACGUGUAUGCGCGUAUGGAAUGUGUCUCUCUCCGAAACAUAAUUAUUAUAUAAUCAUCGGCGAGGAACAAGAGAAACCGUCUCCGUGUCUACGUAUUUACGAAGGAUAGAGCGUGUUCUCCUCUCCUCCCGCGCGUAAUUGAUUAUAUCGGUAAUAGUGUAUAGUGUAUACUUCUUUGAAGCGAAGGAGGAACCAGAAGGGCGAUUUAUUCAGAGUGAACCGCAAGGAAGCGUGAGCAAAGCCGCGUAAAAAAACGAGGAUCCAACAGAACAGAAAAUAAGAGUCUUCGUCAUCCAAUAGUCAACGUAAAAGUCUGCGAGGUUACAAUUAUUACUAUAUUAUAGACGGAAGAAUAGACGGAGGGUCCUUCGAACAUAAUCGUAUUUUUAUAUUGUUUUUUACCGAUGACGCCGAAUGGAACGUCACGCUAAUUUUCCUCUUCCGUUUUCUACGUGUUUCGCCACGUUCCGACCCAGUUGCAUAGCUACUUGACGCGCGCUCUAUUUACCUAGUGCAUCGUACGAUUCGGUGCAGAUAGUUCUCAAUUUAUCAUGAUUAAUGUUACUUGAUUAUUUAUCAUUAAUUUAAAUUCCGACAAAUUGGCUGGAGAUCACAUUUAGAAAAAAAUACUCAAUAGAAUUUUUACCCAUUUGUGCUUUAUUAAUGCUUAUGAAAAUAAUGUUUAAUAAUGUUCAUAUCUAUAUAUUUAAGUAUUUAUUACUUAGUUGCUAACAUUGCUGAUUAUUUCUCUUUCUGUACACGUACGAUGAUAUGGGAAUAUUGUGAAAUUGAAAAGAUGCAAUAAUCGUAUAUUAACAACUUGUAGUUGUAUAAAUUGAGAACAAUUUGCAUUGCAGUGAAAUAGGUAGAAAUACAAGUACGACGCAAAUAGACAAAAUAUGUCUCUAAAUAUCAAGUUGUCUAUAUUUGAAAAAUACUUUUUGCUUGAUGGAUAAGAGGAGAUGAGAUGAUGCAAGGAAUCGAGGCGAUUCGAUUGUAGACGGAGUGACGUUACAAGUUCGUCGCGAACUGCAAUUUAUCGAAAGACUGAGAAUCUAAUGUUCAAUUAAUAGUUAAAGUUAGUUGUGACCUUAAGAUAGUACAUUAAUUUUGUUUAUGAAAUUUUUUGAAGUCGAUUUCUUUUUGAUUUCUUAUUGGUUUUGAAUAAUGAAAUUCGUAUUGAUGAUUUCUCGAUAUCUUAAAUUUUGCCCGGAAUAAAUCUCAGACCCAGUCAUUUCAUUUGUAACUUCAUCUUUUUUCUAAAACGUUAUCAUAUUUCCUUUUAUCUUAGUUUAAAAGAUCUUAUUUUUUAAGAAUAACAAUUACUAUCAAGGUCUUAGAAUUUACAUUAAAAUAUAGCUAAAUUUAUCCUUUUUUACGCUAUCUUUACUCUCAUUGAGAAAAUAGAAUUAAGACUGAGCUCUGCCUAUCUUUUACACUUUCUAACUUCUUUCUUUUAGAGUAACUAUGAUAUUUCGGGUGAUGGUAUGUUUCAGAAAUUUUCAAGCUUGAUCCUUCUAAGCUUUAUCCUAAACAUAACAAGCACAGGUUCGAGAAUGUUUGUGAUUCGAACCGUGGACCGGAUGCAAUAGUUGUCAGCGACAUUACACGUAUAUACAUCAUGCGGUUCUUAACAAACAGUCGCUCCAAGAACGAACUCUCGUUUUUCUAUUUUGCUCCUAUAUACAUUCCUGUUAGGACACGUAGGCUAAUUUACCAUACAUAAAUAACGAUAGUCUAUGCCGAUGCAUACAUCGGCAAAAUUUCACGGUAAUAUUUCGUGUACCGUGCUAGACGCAUACAAAUUCGUCGUCGUAGCAUCGCAAGCUCGACCGAUGUCUCUCCCAGCUGUUUCUAUACUGCUAGUACAACUCUGUGCCAAUACCUGACCGAAUAUGAAUCGAAUAUUGAAGCGUGAAAGACAGAUAAUAGUAAUAUACGUUGUACACACCCCUUAACUGCACUUGCGCUCAAUUGAGGAAAAAUAUCUUUGGUUUGCAUGGAUUUACAAGCGUCAUAUCUCUUUUACACGGAAAAUUUUUUCGUGCACACUGAUACUCUCUUAAAUUCUAAGAUUAAGGCUUGAAAGUGUCAGAGAGAUAUGCUUGGAACCAGAUAUAUCUUAAAUGCGUGCAGAGAAAGUUGAUAAAUCGCGUAAUUCAGACUGUAACAUCAAUUUAUAGACUGGAACCGAGACUUGAAUACAGAAAGGAUAUUUUUCCUCCAUACACGCUCCCGUAUUCAUUGUCAGUUAUAUUUCCGGGCGACGAUAUCAACGUCACUCCUGGCACUCGUCUUGACGUCAAUCUUCAUUAUCGAAAUUGCAACUGGGUCGUCGAACCGUCGAACAGUCUAACUCAUAUCCGAUAAAUGCCGAACUGCCAAAUGAUACUUCAUCUCCCCUGCACCCUUUUCCGCUCCUUACCGUUAUAAGCCUUCUCCUUCCCCAUCUCCCCCACAUACAUACUUGUACAAAAGAGUAACAAUAAAAUUAGAGGAGAACGUUGCACACGCGGCAUUUAUGUCCGCAUCGAUUCCGUUAGAGAGAAAAGAUACCUGUACCUUUAAGGCGAUUUAACGUCUAUUUUGUUUUACACUUUAGAUGAUACCAGUGUUUGUAACGAUUACCGGUGGCAAGGAGAAAACUGUUAUCGGGGAAAGUCGCAUUGUCCUGAUAUUUUAUAUAUUAGGUAUUAUAUAUAGAUAUUUUAUAUAUUAGGGAUAUAUAUAUAUAUAUAUAUAUAUGAUAUUAGGAUGUUAAGUGCAUUAGAUGAUUCUAAUUUAUGGCAGGAGAGGAAACAGAGAAUUUCACGAAAUUAAUAUGCAUUGCUAUGAUAUCUGUGUCAUCGUUUUUACUUUAUUUGCGAUGCAAUUGCAUAAUGCAUUUUUGAAGCUUUUGCUUCGAAGAUGUGUCUAUCGAAAACGAACAUCAACAAAGUAAAAAUAGGCAAUAAUGCAGUUUUAUUUCUUGUUGUUUUUAUAAGUAAGGUAAUUAGAUGUACAAUAGUAAUUGUCAAUGUGUUAAUAAGUUACGCUUAUUGCUGAGUAAUUCUUUUAAAUGGCUAGUUUAUUAUGUCACACGCUGAAAGAAUAUCUGUUUUCUUUUUUUCUGUUCAUAAAAGAAAAACGUGUUGGUUUUGAUAUAAAAAUUAUGCGAAUGACUAGGCUUCUAACAACAAAUUGCUUUUGUGUUAGAAUCUUAUAACUGAUGAAUAAUCACUUGUAAUGACUUAAUCAGAACAGUGCGAUUUUUAUAUUGAUGACACUACGCAUUAUAUUAUAAGAGUAAGUUAUAAUUAGCGAUUGCUGAAGAUUUAUAAACCAAAAAUAUUUUCCAUUCGUUUGGAUGGUUUAGAGGAGAUGUCGUGAAUUUUGAACGACAUAAGACCUCCGAACAAAGAGCUUUUAUUCUAUUUAUUUCCUUUCAUAUUAUUAGACAAAUGUCUCUAAUAAUAAUUGCGACAUUUUGUUUAUAUUUAAUCCUUUUUGUUCUAUAACUUUUUACGUUGUUUGUUCUUUUAUGAUGUUGUUUGGAGUGAAAAAAUUAUUUCUUAAAAUUAUGUUGAGUCGUAUCUAUUGCAUAGAGUUUUGAACAUUUGCUUAAUCAGCGAAGAAUAUAUUUGCAUUGAUUGCAAAAUUCUAAAUAUUGAUAAGACAAAUUUGUUGUAAUUUAAAUAUUUGAUUAUUCGUCUCCUUUUUUAUUCAAUACUCGUCUAAAUUGUGAUUUUUAUUAUUUCGUUUAUACUUCGUCUAAAUUAUAUUUGAUUAAUAAUUUAUUAAUACAUUUUUUUAAUCGGAAUAAAAAUCAUGAUGAAAAAAAGAUGACAAAUUUUCAAGAUUUGUUUGCUUAUAGAUACAAUGUGCUCUUCUUUUUAAGUAUAUUACUAGUUUAGAAGAUAUCUAUUUUUUAGAGUAAUAUUAACAUUGAUGAUAAGUUUAUCGAUUUAUUAUUAUAUCAUCAUUUCUAUUCUACAGAGAUUUCCCCAUUUCAUUGUAUAAUACUCUGUACAUAAUGGUGUAAAUGUUUAUCGACGAUUUACAUAUGAAUAGAACGAGCACUUGUAAUUUCAUAAGAGCGGGUGAAUGAGUUGGUGAAUGGUAUCGUUUUUCCUUUGAGUAUCUCGUAAACAUUUGUAAUGAGCAUGUCGCGUCCCCUCUAUUUUUCGAUCUGCUCUCAAAUAUAUCGCGAUAAAUAUAGUUGUGUCACGGAAGGUUGUUGCUGUUAAAGGUUUAUCUUGAAAUAAAAGAAAUUUGCGAAAUGUUGUCGGCUAAUAUUGUAAUAGAAAUAGAGGAAUAAUGAGUGAGUGAGAGUAAGAGAGAGAGAGAGAGAGAGAGAGAGAGAGAGAGAGAGGGGGGGGGGAGAAAGAGUUUCAACGUUACAAAGCAAGAUUUAUCGUCGGGCGAAGUCUAUAUCGAGUCAAAUUGUUUUAAAUAUCGAACAUUUGCGGAAUGCAUUGUAUGUGUAUUAAGUGUAAAGUACAUAAACCGCAAAAUUAUGAUAUAAUGGAAGAAAAGAGUGCAAGAGGAGGAGCAACAACUUUUUCUAUGAACAUAUUUUGCUGAAUGGUUUCUUGAUUCGAUAUAUAUAUAUGAAAGACUGAGAUGCCUAUUUCUCUCGAAAUGAAACGAUACAUAGUAUUGAUAGAAGCCACGAGCAUGCGAGAGUACUGACGAACCCAUAAGUUACCGUUUUCUAUAAUUAUCGCAAUAUCGUAUCUCGCGUGUCGGCAGCAAUCGGCUUCGUUGAGAUUGUUCUCCGUCUUUUUCCGUUAAUAAUGAACAAACAGUACCUCUGCGGCUCUUUACGAUACGCUCAUUUUUUAUUAGAGAAUCGAGUUUUCUACGAUUUAUAUGAGACAAAAACCGGUGACUUGUUUAACCAUUAAUUACUGCCGCUGUAUAAAGCGUGCCUGGCGGUGUGGAUGGAUCUUAAUACUGUUAAUAGAUAUACGUACCUAAUGUUAUUAAUUAUUAUUAACUCCUGAUUUGUGGUGUGUGUGUGUGUGGUGUAAUUGGGAAUGCCAGAUUGUUGGUACCCAACGUACGAGACAUUUCAUAAGCAUAAUGUUUUAUUAUCAUGGAACGGUUUCGUUAUUUAAAGGGAAUUUGAUGAAAUAAAUAUGACGACGCAGACUCUAAACUCACGAUUACAAGUGAUUCUUAUACGUUUUGGGUUUCACAAAUCUGGCUUCUAAGGACCCUACUAAUAAACGCCAUAGUGGUCCGAAAAAUAAUUAGCUCGAAUAAAUUAAAUUUACUUUAAUGUAUCCUUUCUUCGUUUACUUCUUAGUACCUUCUACCGCAUCCGAUUAUAACAUCUUAAUUAUUACAAAUAACGAUGAAAAUGUGCUAUCGAGUAAUAAAAUUGGAAUAAUAAGAAGAUAUAGAAAUAUAUUAAUAAUAUUA